AUGGCAAGACAUCAUUUUACUUACUUUGGGAAAGUUAUCAGGAAGGGCCGCUUCUUAGAGAAGGAUGUUAUGCCUGAUAAAGUAGAAGCAAUGAUUAGGGAGUGCCUUUCUAUUCACGUUGGCCAAGCUGGUGUCCAGAUUGGGGAUGCUCUUUGGGAGCUCUAUUGCCUGGAACAUGGGAUACAGCCAGAUGGUGUUGUUCUUGACAGUAAAAUAGAUCAACUGGGAAAUACUCAAAUGGAAACGAUGAAUUCUCCAUAUUUCGAUACAUUCUUCUGUGAGACAAGAACUGGAAAGUAUGUGCCACGAGCUCUCUUCAUGGACCUGGAACCAACUGUUAUUGAUAAGACUCGUACAGGCAAAUACUGCUCACUCUUCCACCCAGAGCAGCUCGUUAGUGGAAAGGAAGACGCUGCGAACAACUACGCCCGAGGCCACUACUCUGUGGGGCCAGAGAUCCUGGACCUCGUUCUAGAGAGAAUUCGAAAGCUGGUGGAACAGUGCAGUGGACUUCAAGGAUUUUUAAUUUUCCGAAGCUUUGGAGGAGGCACCGGAUCAGGAUUUACAUCUCUCUUAAUAGAACAACUUUCAGUAGAAUACAGCAAGAAGACUAAGCUGGAGUUCUCAGUUUACCCUGCCCCCAGGGUUUCCAGCACUGUGGUGGAGCCUUACAACUCCAUCCUCACUACCCAUUCCACCAUAGAGUACUCAGACUGUGUCUUCAUGGUGGACAACGAAGCCAUCUAUGACAUGUGCCAUAGUAAACUUGGUGUUGAACGCCCUUCUUAUGCUAAUAUUAAUAGGCUGGUAAGUCAGGUAGUGUCUUCUAUUACUGCUUCCCUCCGGUUUAAAGGGUCUUUGAAUGUGGACCUAAUUGAAUUCCAGACCAAUCUAGUACCAUAUCCAAGAAUACAUUUCCCCGUGGCAACAUAUGCUCCUGUUGUCUCUGCUGACAAAGCUUAUCAUGAACGUUUCUCUGUGGCAGAUAUCACUGCUGCUUGCUUUGAGUUCUCCAACCAGCUAGUCAAGUGUGACCCUCGGCUUGGGAAGUAUAUGGCUUGCUGCCUUCUUUACAGAGGAGAUGUGGUCCCUACGGAUGUAAAUAAUGCCAUUGUUGCCAUGAAGUCAAGGAACUCUGUUCAGUUUGUAGAUUGGUGUCCAACUGGCUUCAAGGUGGGCAUCAACCAUCAGCCACCCACCAUGAUCCCAGGAGGAGACCUGGCCCAUGUCCAGCGUGCUGUCUGCAUGCUGAGCAACACCACAGCGAUUGCAGAGGCCUGGGCCCGUCUGGACCACAAGUUUGACCUCAUGUAUGCCAAGCGGGCAUUUCUGCAUUGGUAUAUUAAAGAAGGCAUGGAAGAAGCAGAGUUCUCUGAGGCCAGGGAAGAUUUGGCAGCCCUGGAGAAGGAUUAUGAGGAAGCAGGGCAAAGUUUUUGA